CUACCAGAAAGGAGUGCCACUUGGAAAGCAGCUGUCUCUAUCUGCCACCAACGGAUCAUUCGACAUUUGUCACGCUAAUGUCUGUGACAGUUACACCCCGGGCGCGAGAAGAAUGUAGAUGGUGCGAACUUCCAGCGUUACUUUUUAGUGACUCCAUAAACUGGAAUCAACACCAUGCUUCCUAUAUGGUGUACCGAACGUCUGUUGCAUAUGCAAAUUGCCUUCUCUGUCACCGACCUCGUGUCAGUACUGUGGCAAGCAACAAUCGUGAGGGUCAGGCGUUCGUGAGGCCCUUCUGGGAUGUUGGAGGAAGCCAGGAUAGGCAUUUAGCGCUUAAACACACGUGAUACUGAGUCGUUGUGCAGCAUCUGACAGCUAGGUAGGGUAGCGUGUGCCCUCAGCUCGACGAUAAUUCAUAUCACUGCGUCAACUAUCACACUCAACAGCUGAGUAUAUGCGCUUACUGUAUCGGAUCAACCAGUGUGCGGUAUUCCAAGUGUAUCCGUAGUGCCUCCCGACAAGUACUUGACUCGAUUUCGCACAAGCGGGCGCAUGAGUGAUCAAAUUACUUGACGGAAUUGUUCGUGCUUGGAAGCUUUUAGGUGUUCACUGUUAUGUCAACUCUGUACGGGCAAUGCAAAUCUUGGUAGGAGGAAGCAGUGC